AUGCCGGUCCAGCGACCCCGAGAAACAUGUACGGAAUGUUCCAUGCGACGCCAGAAAUGCGACCGCCAGCUUCCUUGCUCGAGGUGUAUCAAAAGAGGCAUCGCCGACCAGUGCACGCGUGAGUGGCCGACUCAGUACAAUCCCUCCAUUCAUCGGGUCUACAAAAGAUCGCGUCCGCUCCAGGGUGAAGGAGCAAGAUCCAAGUCAGCUUCUAGUCCCACUUCCCCUCAAGCUCCCACUCCAACUGCAGGGUCGAGGCGACCACUGCAAUUGAACGAAUUCGCGGCCCAUGAUACGCGAUGGGCAGAUGAGCCACGCUUACAGUACUCUUUCACGCCAACUAAAGCUCUCAUCUCGGAACUCCGGACGCAGGAUUCGGACACCCAGCUUGACCACCCAUGGAUUGACUCGACAGGAACAGGCUUCAACUCUACCGAAGAUGUUCACUCGGAAUUCCUACAGAUGUUACUACCCAAAGUUGGUCACAUCUGGGAUCUCGUCAACUACCAUGAACUCUGCCUCUUGUGGUAUCAUGGCUGCUACUUUGGCCCGCUCUUCCGAUGGGAAUUAGAAAACGUGUUAGCUGGCCAGGAUGAAAAGGAAACAUUGAUCGUCAACGGCCUGGAUCUCCAGUGGCUUGGCCUCCUCUUUUCCAUUCUUGCUGGCAGUGUAACGUGUGCUCCAGAACGUAGACUGUCUCAGUGGGGAUUUCAGAAAGAUGAAGGGUCGAGGUUGUCUAUGCAGUGGUACAAGGCCAGUAUCUCCUGCCUGAAUCAGGCGAACUACACUUCCAACCACAACAUAUAUGCGGUCCAUACCAUCGCUACAUUGACUAUGUCUGCUCAUCCUCUGGGACAGUCUGCAGAGCUGUCUGUUCUCCUCGGUGGCGCUCUGAAGAUUGCACAAAGCUUAGGACUCGACAAAUUAGACUACGACGCAUCGCUUGACGAGACCACGAAUGCAUCAACGGAAGAACAACGCCAUAGACUGAUCAAAAGGGAGAUCGGCCGUAGAUUAUGGUCCCAGCUUUGCGUCCAGGACUGGAUGUCUCUGCCAUUCAACGAGAGCUAUCAUAUCCAGCCGAGUCACUUCACGACGACCAAACCUUCCAACCGAAACCACCUGAACAUGGAUCCAAUCCCGCCCGACUUCCCUACUUACAUCAGUUACGGUAAUUACUUGUUUGAAAUAGCAAAGCUUAUGGUUAAACAUCACGAGGACAUCCUUCGUGCAACGACGCAAUUCACUACCUACGAGCACGUUAUAGAAUAUGAUUCAAGGAUGCGAACUCUCGCCACGAAAGGAAUGCCAUCCUACUUUCAUGUUGUGCAGCCGAUUGAUCCAGCGUGGCCAGAAUGGAUUCCAGCAGCCAGGGGAAGUCUGACCAUAUGCUUCGCACACAAGAUAAUCAUGAUCCACAGAGCAUACAUCAAGCAGAGUUUCGUCAACCCGACUUACUCCAUGACACGUCUAACGUGCUUAGCUGCGGCCAAGACAAUUUUGAAUGAGGCAAAACAAACCAAGGAUCUGGAUGGACCGAUCAUUUGGGUGGACAAAGCUUUCUGCAUCGUCGCGGCGAUCAUACUCUGCUUGGAUCUCUUCCAUCGUCCCAAGUCUGAUCCGGUUUUUGACACACACAAAGAACUGGUCACAGAAUGCAUCGAAUCCCUACGCAAGUUUGGUGACAGUGUUAUUGCUAUUCGCGGGGCGAGUUUGCUUGCCGCCCUACUGAUGGAGAGCGACAGGGUCACAUGUAUCUGGACAUGGCAACCACAGGCUAUUAAUGUAAGGGAAAUUAUCACCUCGGUAGGAGCAGAGAUGGAUGGUGCUAGUCCAUUUGAUGAUGCUCAACCACAACAACUCCCAGAACUAUUACCUCCUCAAGCUGGAUUCUGCAACCGGUUCAUAUUUGAGGAGCUUCUGAGCACCAACAUCAACGCCUAUGCAUGA